ACCUUCAAAAUUGGCAAUGACAAACUAGAAGCAGAAAAUGUAUUAUUUAUAAAGAAUUUUCCUAUUUCAUUCCGGAUUCAAUGUCCCAUUCAAUGAUUUGAAAACGCAACCAACCAAUAUUUGUCAAAACUCACCUUUCUUAUCAAUGCAAAUAUUUGUUCCUUCAGUUUAGGGUUAGCCAUCGAAAAAAUGGCAGAGGAGGUUGAGAACGACGAUCAAUGGCUAUACGGUGAAAAUCCUGAAGCUGAAAAUGCGGAACCAGCAGAAAAUGAGGCGGGACCUAUUGCCACAAAUGGUGUUGCUGAAACUAAAGCGCCCGUAGACGAUGGUCCACCGGGAGUUGAAAACAUUGAACCGCCUUUAGCAAGGGAGCCUACCAAUGAGGAAGUGGACAAUGAAGCAGAAGAUGGGGAAUUAAAAGCAAACGGAGAUGACAGCGACAAAGAAGAUUUGGAAGACGACAGUGAUGAUGAUGUUAACGUUGUUAUUGGUGAUAUUAAAGCCCCCACUUCAUACACUCAGGUGAAUAUUAAGAGAGGAGGGCUUACUACCACGAUAAGUGACAAAAGUAAGCAAAUUCAACAACCGGGAAAAUUUCAAGUUGAAGAAUUUGAGCAAAUUGGUACUAUCAAUGGAGUCCCUGCAGCAGAAUACAAUCUGGAUUCCUUGGAAGAUAAACCAUGGAGAAAACCUGGUGCUGACAUAACAGAUUAUUUUAAUUAUGGUUUCAAUGAGGACACAUGGAAAGCCUAUUGUGAAAGGCAGAAACGAAUUAGAAUGACAGAGUCUGGGGUAGGAAUAAUGCCCCUGAACUCCAUUGGCUUGCCAAGAGUAUCAAUGAAUGUUGUUAAUGAUAACAGUAAAUAUAACAAUUUUAAUGUUAAUACCAACCCAAGGCCUGUAGCACCCAUGAUGAAACCAAAUGAACCACCGAAAAUGAAUACAAUUCAAGUAAUGACAGCAGACCGGCGUGAAUAUAGUCGUAAACCUGCAGGAUUUCCAGAUUUGAGUGUCCCGCCACCUUAUGGCAGUGAAUUUCAACCAGAUUUUAACUUCAACCCUGAACCAGAACCAUUUUAUGGUGGAUAUGAACCAACUCAAGAUUCUCAGUGGAUGGAUGGACCUGAUCCAAACUGGCAACCGCAAGAAAUUAAAACACUAACUGGAGGUAAUCCAAUGGGACACAUGGGACCACCUCAUCAACUUAUGGGCCGUUCUCACUCACCUGGCAGGAGGGAUAGCCCCAUAAGAGAUAGAGAUAGAGAGAGCAGGAGUCGAUCAGAGAAACCGCGAGAUCACGAAAGGGAAAAAUCUCGAAGGAGGGAAAGAUCAAGGAGCAGAUCAAGAAGGCAUCGGUCCCGAUCUAGAAGCCCUGGACACAGAUCUCAUAAGAAAAAGAAGUCGCGGCGUCACGAGGAUAGUGAUUAAGUUAACAAAAUCAAUUUUUCUUGCAAAUAUCAGUGGCCGAAGUGUUUUUUUUUAAAUAGUGUAUUCCUUGAAUAAAGAUUUUAAGGAAGUUAUCUGAUUUUUACAAAAUUUGAUUGCAGGAUCACGCGUAUCAGCAGUUCAGAUUGCAUGAUUAAAAAACGGUGUAGGUUUUAUGUGGAAAUUUAAUAUUACAUACCAGUUUGUAUACAAAAAAUGUGUGUGUGACAAAAAACAUAAUAUGAAAGUUAUAUUUUUUAAAAUUUGAAGCCCUGUAUAUUAUUAAAAAAAAUCCUUCUGCGUCACGCGUCAUCAUGGCGCCACGUCAACUUUUGUUUACUAGGACCUUGUGGCAGAUCUUAAAUAUUAUUGUUUAAAAUUUAACAAAAGAACAUUUUUUUUUAUAAAAAAUUAUAAAAAUGCAAAUAGUACUUAAUUUUUUGUUCCUUUUGUUCUUGUAUUAAUUCGGGUCCACCUUAUAUGUGUCUCCAAUAUGACUUCUUUGGAGUGACUUUGAACCGUUGUUAUAAAUCAGACUUAGAAGGAUCACCGACACAAUAAAAAUUCGGAAAAAGUAAAUAAAAGAUGUUAAAUAAAUAUCACUUUUUGUUUUUUAAAUACGCACAAGGUUGUUCUUAAAUUUUACGUGACAUUUUACACAGAAACAAUCGUCAGAGCACAUAAUAUUUAAAAAAUAUGUCGAUAUAACAGAGGAUCUCGGAAAAAAUACAAAAACUUUAGCUCAUAACAUAUACGUUAUUUCCUAGUAAGAGAGGUAAAUAAUUAAAGUAUUAUGUGUAUUACAUUUUAUUGACUAAACUUUCGUAUAAUUAUGUAGAGAGUAUGUAUUAAUGAUAAAUAUUGAGCUGAUAUUUGCUUAACCUUAUUGCACAGAAUUUAGUGUUUUUCAUCAGAAUGUUUUAUUAUACAGCUAAGCGAGUCCACGAUUAAUGUAUAAAGACGGCAAAGUUUAAUGCAAUUCGGCUUUAAUGUAAUUCGCCAUUAUAGAACUUAAAAAUUCUUAUUAUUAAAACAAUUAAAUGAUCAGAUUUUUUUUUUAUUAAAUUAGUCUUAUUUUCUAUUCAAACUAAGUGAACAAUAUCAAAUAAAGCAAUAAUAAGAAACGCCUUAAGAAGUGACAGCAGCCAGAUUUUUUAUCUCAUUAAGUAUAGCUUUUUAACAUAAAAAAAGAAACAUUAUUUUUCCGACACAAUUGUAACGCGACAUCUCCAUAAAGGUUGCUCUUUACCCCACCUUCAUAUAACAAUUUAGCAUUUAUUUUCAACAAUUUGUUGUAAGUGUAGAGGAUUAUCUAAAUUACUUACUCCGAAGUCAUCUUUGUAAAAAAGUGUUUUAUUAACGAUCGCCAAUCUGCGUUCUAACAAUUCUAAAUGGUCUGCGGUGAUCAUGUGACCCAUAGACAAAUACAUAAAUCUUUCGUAGUUACGACCCGAAGUCAGCCGCAAAUCCAUAAGACUAAAGGUACAUUUACAGCUAUUCUCCUAAUUUGUUUUAUAGCACGC